AUGGCUCUCCGUGCGGUCGAUUUUGAGGUGUGGAAGGGUGCGGCGAGGACUUGGCUCACCACCCAUCCCACCUUUGAUCACCGUGCGGUGACGCGCGCUGACCGGCAGGCCUGCUGGGAGCUGCGGGCGGCAUACGCUGUGGUGACAGCGGCCCCACCAGUUGCGGUGUGCACCAACUGCGAUGCCGAGGAGAAGAUCUGCCACGCCUGUGCCGUCCAGAACCGAAGCUGGAGAGAGGCCAGGCAGGCGUACACGGCGUCGACGCCGGAGGAGGUCGUCGAGGUCGGGUCCUCACCCCCGAGGGCCAGCCGGAUGCGGCCGAGAUCGCCCGCAGGGCCGCCGCCCACGGCCAGAGAAGCCACCAAGGGCAUGGCACCGGAACUGGCCGACGCCAUAGUUGACCUCCCGUUGCCACUCCUCAUCAGCCUGGGUGCGAUGGGAGUGGAAACAGCGGCUGAUGUGGUCGGGAUCUACACCAAUGUGGAUGAGUUCCUGGAGGCUCUGCGCCUGGCUAUGGGCCGAGAUGUGCCGGCCGACCUGGGAUUGGAAGUGGCCAGUGUUUACGGCCGGGUCAAUGGUAUGGCCAGGAGCGCUAAACACCAUGCCGUGGAGAUGGCGGUGACGGCAGCACAAGGGGGCCGAGAAGAUCUGGCGAAGCAGGCCAAGCUGGAUCUCUUGUUCCACGCCCUGCUGGACUUUGUGCUGGAUCCCGCAGAGUUGGGUAUUGACCCGGCACUCUUGCAGGACCCCUUGGGCAGCGCGAGGGUCCGUGAGACUUUGCUCCACGGUGCCCAGCGCCUGUCGACGCCUCGCCUGGGCGCCCUGGUCAGUAGCUUCCGCCGAUGGGUCAAGUUCUGCCAGGAAAGCGGCUGGGAGCCCAACCGGCCUAAACCGUUUGAGUUGGCCUCGUUCUUGCACUCUGUGAGUCAAGGCGGGCCCACGGCAGCAGCAUCUAUGCACGCGGCCCUCAAAUGGUUUGCCAACCAGGCGGGGGCCGGUUUGGACCUGACUCACCCGCUGGUGGCGCCGUAUCGGUUCCAUGCUGGGGCGCAUACGUCGCGGCAAGCGCCGGAGCUCCAACCCUGGGAGUUGGUGAACCUGGCAUGCCUCUUCGGCAAGGCCAGAGGCAACCACAAGCUGCUGCUAGCUUGGGUGCUCCUCGCAGCCAUCGCCUGUGUGCGAUGGGAGCACAUCCAGCGCUCCAGCUUCGUGGCAGCUCACGGCGUUGGAUUGAAUUCCACUGCCAGGCGCCUCCUGGACGACUUCUACCGGCAUGAAGUCCUGGCUACGUCGGGCUUCCUUGUACCAGCUUUGGAACUGGCGGCCGAUGAUCUCUGGGAAGUCACGGCUAGCACACCGCUGGUGUUGGGCAAAGCUAUGUCGAGGGGCCGAUUUCUGGAAAUCUUCCGUGGAGCCCUGGUGCAGUGUGGUUUGGAUACCCACUCCGCCAGGGGGGCUACGUUCAACCGUUUGAGCAGGUUCAUGCCGACCCUCUGCAAUGUGGUGGAAUUGCCGGACGUGGAUGCACAAGCAGUCGGCAACUGGUCGGAAGUCCCGCAGGGAGGUGGUGUGGCCGCCGCCCGCAGCCGGGCCACUAUGCCUAUGGGGAGGCACUACAGUGGCCACAAGGUGCUGCGGUCCGUCGUGGUGAAGGUGCGUCUGCUGGACCGCUUCUUCGAGCUCUGGCAGCUGCAUCGACCGCAGGUCACCUUGACUUCGGACGGGCUACUCCCUGUGGAUUCCUGGACGUGGAAAGACUUCCAGGCUCUGCAUCAGCAGACACCGUGGGCGGCGGAUGAGCCGGCUCUCAAUGCGGCCAUCGCCGACGCGGCGGAGCCUGACAAGCCCGGCUACAGAGACCCUUCGCGUGGAGAAGGCUUCCUGCAGGGCAGUAUGGAUUCCGUCUGCCGGCGCUGCUUGGGACGCAUGCCAAGGGGCCUGUACCUGGGAGGCCUAAAGCGGCUGACGACCCGGACCUUCUUUUAUGAGAAAAAGUGA